AUGGUGAAAGUUCUAGCGCCGCCGGUUCAGGCGGUCGGCGAUCAAAAUAAGUACAGAGCGAUUGAACUUGACAAUGGAAUGCAAUGUCUUCUUAUAUCAGUUGGGGAUGAGACCAACCGUGAAGCCGACUACUGCUGCGCGGCGGUAAAUGUAGGAAUCGGAAGUAAUGAUGAACCGCACGAAAUUCCCGGUCUUGCUCAUUUUUGUGAGCAUAUGCAUGCUCUUGGUAGUGGAAAGUACCCCGGCGAGGCGUAUUUCAAAAGUUUUGCAGGAGAGAAUGGAGGAAAAACAAAUGCUUUUACGGCUUCUGAAGGGAAAGUCUCAAAAGUUAUUCUCGUUUCAGAGAUAUCGCAUUUUAUGACGAACAAUAUUGACUUCUAUAAAGCUACUUGCUACCAGCUUGCAAUUAUGGGCCAACAGAAUUAUGAAAAACUACUGGAUAUAUUCUCAAAUCUAUUUAUUGAUGCACAAUUCGAAGAAUCGGGAACAGAACGUCAACUUGCUGCUGUCGAUUCAGAGUACGAUCUCCGAAAAGAAUCUUUUGCUGUAGAACUCGUUUUGAAAGAAGCUUUGAUGACAGAAGAUCACCCCAUGCAACAUUUUGGCGCUGGAAACCGAUAUUCUAUCUGGGAGUAUCCCCGCGAAGAAUUCGGCCUUGAUCCACUGGAAGUUUUACAUAAGUGGUAUCGAAGAAACUACUGCUCUCCUUGGAUGAAGCUUGUUCUUCAAGCAAACUUGUCUAUCUCAACGCUUCAAGAUUAUGCCGAAAGGUACUUUGGUCAGAUCCCCACUCGUGGUCAGGCUAAACCUGAUCUCCACAAAGAACGACACGGCCCGCAUCAUUCAAUUUCACUUGAAAAGAUCGUCAAAAUCAUCCCUCCUGGAAACGGACCAGACGCGAUGCAAAUGUACUUUCCUUUACCGAGCUAUUUGAACAACAUCUCCUGCGAUCCCAUUCGAUUCCUAGAAUAUGUGCUUACAUACGAAGGCCCUGGUUCGCUCAAUAGUUACCUUCAGCAACACAAUCUUGGCAUGCUUCAAGCUUACCAAUGGUUCGGCGCAACCCGAUAUCAAAGCGACCUGACAAUAAUGGUCCAAGGAAUAAAUAUUCAGCAGUGGAAGACAAUUUACGAUAUUGUCUGGAGCUAUUUCGAUAUGAAUCCGCCUGAAGAUUUCAUCAAAUCAACGAGUUCUUCCCAGCGCGAAAAAGUGUUCGACCAAAUGUCGACGAUCGCAAACGAGCGUUGGCAGACCAAACAGCCUGAGAAUCCUUACCACAACGUUGGCGAUACUGCUUACCAAAUGCAUCAGCGUCGAUUUUUCGGAACUAAAUGUUGGCUUGGAUACACGCCGUUUCAAUUCAAUAAUGAUACCAUCAACAAGUGUUUGAGAGAAAUAAAACCGAGCAACUGCGCUGUUCUUCUCCGAAGUCAGAGUUUCGCUGGAGAAGGCGGUUUCGAGGAAGAAUACUGGGUGGGAACCAAGUAUAAGGUCGUCGACAACAAUAAUCUUUAUAAACCUAAGGAUAGUUUUUCGAUCAUCAACAAUAUCAAUUACGAUGAACAUAUUGAAAAAUUUGUCAAGGCUCAUCCUUGGCCACGUGAAUUCAGUCUGCCAGAAGAAAAUAAGUACGUCAUCAAAAAUCUUCCUCAAAAAGUUGAUGAAUCGCAAUCCUGGCCCUCGCCCAAACGAAUUCUCAAAUCGACUACUUCCGAACUUUGGUUCAAGACUGAUUCUAAAUUCAAUAUUCCGAGGGCCUAUAUUUGCGUCAAUUUCUUGACCAAUUUGGCUUCGAAGAGUAUCAAAAAUCAAGUAAUGAUGGAUAUGCUUCUUUUUGCAACUGCGGGUCAGUGUCAGAAUAGUCAUGAUUUCACUCUUGCUGCCGAAGCUGGAAUAGAUUGCAGAGUUUUGGGAAUCUUCGCGGACGCGGCUCAAGACAAUCGUGUGACGAACAAUACUCGUCCUGUUGGAAUCAUUGUCUCUGGAUAUGAUCCGAAACUUCCUGAAAUAAUUCUUCGUGCGAUGGACAUGCUCUUGAAAUUCAGACUACACAAUAUGGAUGUCCUUGGGCAGCUAAUAAAUCAAUUGCAGGGGGCUUACCAAGGGACAAUGAUAAGCGAUCCUCUUCGAGUUUGCUCUGAGCUUGGCACCCGACUUCUCAUCAACAAUUAUUAUUCGCUUCCAGAAAGACUCGAAUUCACUCGAAAUAUUUUGCGAUCUGAUUUUGGGCUUCUUCAGCAAUUCAUUCACGAGUUCCAUCAGUUCCAAAAUCAGCUGAUCACCAAGUCUUACUAUCAAGUUCAUAUCGAAGGAAACAUGACCCAAAAGAAGCUACGAGUGUUUUCCGACAAAUAA